CUCUUCCUGUUUGUCAUCAUGUCUCUGUGUUCAAUGUUCUCCUCCUCAGGCUCUGGGUCUGCCCAUCACUGAUGCUCAGAUUGCAGAGAUGGAGAGCCAUGCAGAGGACAUUGACUUUGCCAUGGCGGCUGAAGAAGAGCGAAAGCUGAGGCACGAUGUCAUGGCGCACGUCCACACCUUUGCACACUGCUGCCCCACAGCUGCUCCCAUCAUCCACCUCGGAGCUACGUCAUGCUAUGUGGGAGACAAUACUGAUCUCAUUGCAUUGCGUGAUGGCUUCAACAUCCUCUUGCCCAAGCUGGCCAGAGUCAUCGACCGGCUGGCAAACUUUUUAGAGGAAUACGCUGACCUCCCCACGCUCGGCUUUACACACUUCCAGCCUGCCCAGUUGACCACAGUGGGGAAGCGAGCGUGUCUGUGGCUGCAGGAUUUGGUGAUGGAUGUGACGAACCUGGAGCGAGCCCGCGAUGAUCUUCGUUUCCGUGGAGUCAAGGGGACCACAGGCACCCAGGCCAGCUUCCUGCAGCUCUUUCAGGGGGACCAUGACAAGGUGGAAGAGCUUGACAAGAUGGUGACAGAGAUGGCUGGCUUUAAGAAAAAGAAGAAAAACACCUGCAAGCGCGCAGAAAGGAUGGUUUUUAUUCAAAGACAUGUUAAGUGGACUUUAACUACACACGGUUAAAGGAAACCUCAGAAGAACGGCGGCUAAUUCCCUUUUUGCAGCAUGCAGCCAACGAGGUAUUUAUUGAUUUAUCGUGUUUGUUGUACAGUGUUAUUUU